AUGUCAAAUAUAAUAAAUUAUUACCAGUCAAUUUGUAACACAGAAAUUAAUGGAAGUUUUUCGCUUAGUAAAAGAACAAGAGAAAAAAGUGAAAAAUUAAAUAUUAAAAUUAAAAGAACUAAAGGACUAACAUAUGAUUUACUUCUUGAUGCUAAUAAGUUAUUUAAUGAAUAUUUUAGUUCUUUUAAGUGUGAUCCGAAGUUUUUAUUAAAUAUAAUUUAUAAAAUGGAAUUAACUGGUGCAUUAAUUUAUGUGCAUAAUGUACCUUGUAUUAUAGCAGAAGAAAGGAAAAAUUCUAUUAUAGUAGUGUAUAGAGAUAAUAGUGUAAAGACACACAUAAAAAGAGGAUUAAUAUUUUAUUUAGAAAAAGAUAAUGUUAAGUAUGGAAUAAUAGGAAAAAAUUUAAAUCUUAAUAGAUUUUUAAAGAAAUGA